GACUUGCUGAGCUUACUGCAUACCCAAGCCUAUUACCUAGAGACUACUUACCAUACCUAAGCCUAAUUUUCUUGUGGAUAUGAACACAAUGAUGGUCUUUCUGCUUGUGACACUUGCAAUGGGAUUAUUAUGCGCCGCUUCGGACACUGGUGGAUGCUUUCCUAAAGAGCACGCCUGCAAGGUGUUGCGCAGGCACUGGCGACACCCACAACAGCUGCCGAACAAGCCACCGCGGAUGCCAGUGUCAAGUUGCCCUGAGUUCAAGCUCCAAUCGUCAUCCGACAUUAGCAACCGCUCCCUCUCGCCUUGGCGGUACAGGACAGACGUGGAUGAAACCAGGUACCCGGAGCAUAUUUCAGUGGCUGAGUGUCUGUGCGCCGGCUGUAUCAUAGACGGAAAGGAGAACAGGGAUUACAUUUCCCAUCCAGUCUUUCAAACUAUGAUGGUCGUGCGGAAGAAGGAGUGCGCUGUGAAAGGCCAAUAUUCCUUCAAAACGGAAAUGAUCCAAGUACCAGUUGCAUGCACCUGCUUGAUACCUAGGUCUGUUUAAGGACAUUCAUGACUAACUCUUUAAAAGAGUGAAUAAGAAAAAAAAAGGUAGUGACAUGUUUCACGUUUUGUUGUGUUUGUUCUAAAAUGCAAAGAAGUUACUAAUAACACUACUGUAUAUUGGCUUGCCGAUAGCAGAUGUUUUACAUUAAAAUAAGAAGUAGGCUACCUGAUGGCGUCUUAUUGCGUCCUCUGAGCUAGCGGGUUCUUUGUUAUAUAUAUUUAAAUUAUUUAUUGUGCAUGUUUUUAUUUAUUGAUGUGUACAUUUGCUAUUUGUAUUUUCUAUUUAUCAAAAUUUGUUUGACAACUCUUCCUAAACUAGUCUGUAAAUUAUGGGCAAUAUUGUUGUGAAUUGAAGUUGUCAGAUUGGUUAUGGUUUUCAUGUUCUCUUGUGACACUAAGCUAUGUGCAUGCCAACAUUUUCAGGUUCAAGCUAAAGAACCAUUUGAAUAAAAUG